AUGGACGUGGCCACUUUGUUCGGUAUUCGUGGUCGCGUAGCCCUGGUCACAGGUGGAAGCUCGGGGAUAGGAUUGAUGAUAGCCAAGGGCUUCGUCGCAAAUGGAGUAAAGGUAUACGUGACCGCACUUGGAGGUCAGGACCUCGAUGAAGCUGUAAUCGAGUUGAAUGAAGUGGGAAAGUCCAGUGGCGGGAGCGCCAUAGGCUUCCCCAGCGAUCUAUCCACCAAGGAGGGCAUCGCCGAAGUCGCAAAAUACCUUUCAGCACGCGAAAGUCAUCUGGACAUCCUCUGCUCCAACGCCGGUAUCCGUCGAGAUCCUCCUCAAAUGACGAACCCGAAGACCGCCUCUCUUGAGGAACUGCAAGCAUCGCUGUGGUCAUCAAGGCACUCGGACUGGGAUGAUACGUUCCGCAUCAACGUGACGGCUCAUUAUUUCCUCGCUGUGGCGUUGAUGAAGCUCUUAGCAGCAGCCGCCGAAAUGGACUUACCUGAUGGGAGGAAAGGCCGGGAUGAGGGCCGCGGGAGCAUUGUGAUCACGAGCAGCUGUGCUUCCAUGCACAAUUGCACCAAUAUCGACCUUACGAGCUAUGCUACAAGCAAAGCCGCAAUCGACCAUCUCGUCGAGCUUCUGGCAGCGAAGUUCGGGCCCUGGUAUAUUCGAGUGAACGCGAUCAACCCUGGAUUCGUGCCAAGCAAGAUGAACCCUGUUCAAGAGGGGAGUAAUCAGUUCGCGGCACUGUUUGAUGCGAUGCCAGCACGUAGAAUCGGGAAACUGGAAGAUAUCGUUGGUGUCGUGGUGUAUCUUUGCAGCCAAGCCGGCGCGUAUGUCGAUGGACGUUGUCUGUGCGUCGAUGGCGGUCGUGUACUGGUUGCUAACGGUCAGUGA